AUGCCGAUGAUAUCUUUGAUUUUGGCCAACCAGAUCUUGUUAGGUGCAGGUUUCGUUUCAAUGCUUAUCGCAAAAAUGCCGUCUAAGGGAUACUCUCCGGAUAAAGUUAGUUACUGUACUGUGAUGGGUUUCUUCUAUAAGGAUAGAAAAGUCGAAGAAGUGAAGCGUUUAAUGGAGAAUAUGGUUCGAAAUAGUGAUUUAAUACCAUAUCAGAUUACUUAUAAUACACUAAUCCAUGCGCUUUCGAAGCACGGACACGCAGGUUUGACAAAGAUAUUUAAUGCUAGUACAAUAUGCAGGUUUGACAAAGGUUCUUGGCUUCUUCCAGUAUCAUUGAUACCAUUGACAAAGGUUCUAAGGCUCUCAUUAUCAACCUCUGUCAUCGCGCAAACUACAACUGAGUCAGAGUGA